CUCUUAAAAUCCCAAGUCCCAGCUUUGAAGAACCACACCCAAACGUACAAAUGAGAAAAACUCAUAGAAACCAGUCUGAAUAAGAAAAGCUGAUAACUGAAAAACCCAACCGCCCCCUGAUUCCGCCAUUUCCAAAUCCAAGUCCAAGUUUCUCUCUCUCUACCUAAGACGGUGGCGUUUUGUCGAAUGUUCACCGCAAACCCUAGCUCCCUCUUCUUCCCGUCGAAGCCCUCCACCCUCCGCUGCCGCGCCGCCGGGGACAUACCCGCCGGCCCCGCAUUCCCGCGCUGGUUCCAGUUCCCAUCCCCCGCCACCGCAGAAAUCUCCGGCGGCGUCCGAAUCGGCCACGACGCCGACGCAACCGCUGGAGACGGCUGGUCUAGGCGCGGCGUCGCCGCCGGAGGCAGCAACGGCGUUCAAGUGAAUGCGAGAGAGAAGAAAUGGUCGCGUCGUGGAGAGAGCUACUUGGCGGACGAUAGCGACGCUCUUCCGCUUCCAAUGACCCAUCCGGACUCUUCUCCUGUCCCUCCCGAAGAGAUCGACCGGCGGCUCCGGUGCAAUCCGCAAGUUGAGGACUGUAAGGAAGUCGUGUACGAAUGGACAGGAAAGUGUCGAAGUUGCCAAGGAUCGGGAUAUGUCAGCUAUUAUAAUAAACGAGGAAAAGAGACCGUCUGCAAAUGCGUACCUUGCAUGGGAAUCGAACGGUUACGUGAGCAUUCUGGAGUCACAAUAUUCAUGCUUGCAGGAUAUGUGCAGAAGAUAACAGCUCGCAAGGACAUUGAAGUAAUGCAGGAUUUGGAUAAUUGAAGACCACCAUGACUCAAACAAAUAUAGCUUUCAUUCUUACCCUUUUCUAACUCGGGAAUGAUACAUAUAUUCAUUUUGAUGACAUAUACUUUCUUGUGCAACCUUUCGGCAUAGUUUUGAAAGGAGGGAUUGCACAACAAGCCAAAAGAGGAUUUGUACCUUUUUGCAAAGAAUGUAUUCUUUUCUUCUGUACCA